AUGAAGACAGCAUCCGUAUAUACCCCAUACGUCGCUCAUAAUAAAGUAUUCUCUGAGAAACAAGAACAGCAGCUGUCAAGAUAUAUAACACAUUACGCAGAAAUAUAUUUUGGCCUUUCUCCUAAAGAGGUACGUAAGUUAGCUUUUGAGCUGACUACCAAAUACAAUCUCAAGCGGCCUGGUACUUGGGAUGAGAAUGAAAUGGCAGAUGAGGAAUGGUUUCGUUCAUUCAUGAAUAGAAAUCCUUCACUGUCUGUUCGUGUGGCUCAAGCUACUAGCCUUCCAAGAGCAACAAGCUUUAACAAAACAAAUGUGGAAGCUUUUUAUGACAAUUUGCAAACUGUUAUGGACAGGCACACCUAUGAACCACAGGAUAUAUACAAUGUUGACGAAACAGGCGUCACUACCGUCCAAAAACCUGAUAAAGUCGUAGCUAGACGUGCCAUACGAUAA